CUAAGAUGCCCGCUAGGCCCGUCAAUCCCCUAGCAGAGGUCAUUGACAAGGCCUCCCCAAAAUUGAAGCACAAGGAGGCAUCCCCCAAGCCUUUCUUAGCUGCAGCAUAUGCACCACACACAGUGCAGGGCAACAGCCUAGCAAAGUUAAAGCCUCCGAGGAAAGAGAAAAAAAGCCCCCUACGCCAGCUGCCGACCGCUGCCGACUCGUCCGGACGGCAAGCCAUCCCUCAUGAUGUGCUUCCUGCAAAUCUCUGUCCUACCCCUCCUCAAGACUUCAUUUUGCUCUAAACUUGCGCUAUCUGUCGAUCAUGGAUUUGACGGCCGCUGCAAGCCCGCGGCUUCCAAUUGCCGACACAUCCUGUACAAAAUAUUGGCAUUUGCGGAUACACGGACCCCUGAGGAGAGGGCUGGAUGUUUCCAUCCAAAGAUCGACCCUGCUGCUGGCUGGACCUGCUGACCGCAUUGAAAAUGGGGGUCCUGCUAUGUAACCCGCUGUAUCUAUCAGGUUCUCCCCGGUCACAUCAUGAUUGUCCUUUGCAAUUGCGGAGACAAGCAUCCAGCGGCCUUUGUUCAGGACCAGCCUAUUGACAUAGUGAUUGAGUUCUGGCUCUCCACUCUCUCAUGGAAAAGGAACAUCAGUCACCAACUUUUCGUGCUCUUACUUUCGGGCGCUCUUGGACCCCUGCACCCUGGCUGGGGUCGCCUCACUUGAAGGUCCAUCUCAUGCCACUUCUUCACGCCCAAAGGGGGUUUCCGUGUUGGCUCCUUCUUAUGUGACUUCGGGGCGGUGUCUGGUUGUCCCCAAGCCAAAUGGACGUGAAGGACCAAAGCUGUUGGUUCAGGCUGGUCCAACAACGCUUCUUGGAGCUAGAGUCACUGACAGAAUAGAAUUGGUCACAAGAGGUGAAGUAAAUUCUAACAAGAACCUCUCCCGUUUCUUCCGACAACAUCCCUACUGAAGAUCACGGACUUCUUAUCGGAAAAUUAAUCUACAUCUCUGAACCACCGCCUAUUUGUUGGGAAACACUGUAAUGCGCCCUUAAUCGACAUCUAGUUCAACACCGGGCAGAGAGGUUUAGCCACUUAUUGACAACUCCUAGGAUGCCCAGAAGGUGGACAAGCACGAUGUUGACCCUGGAAGAAUGGUCACACGGACGAUCAAGCGGUGCGCCCACACAGUUGUGUGAACCCAUGAGCAGCUGCCAACUCCGAUAAGACUCGGUAUCCCUUUCACCAUGUCGGCCAAGAUCGGGAUGAUGUGUCGGGCUCCAGCAUCAGCCAUGACACUCAGCAAACCUGAAUGGAAUUCCAAUGGACCCCGUCGCCAAAGCGGUGUCUUGCAUUUCGUGGAGCCAUAUCGUUGGCCUCUUCGAGAAGCCACUUCUAGCAUUCAGCUGGCUACAAGGUCAGCUCGAUCUGUCACCGACGAUCAACUUGCCUCCUGCUGGUUUACAACGUGGAAGUGUAUGUUGAAUCGAUCAGGAUGUUUCGAAUGUAACGAUUACCCCAGAGCUACUUGGACCACGGUCGUACAGCUCCAAAACCGCGAUUGAUAUAAGUCGCACUGUUUUCAUUGGACAUUUAGCAGUACUUGGUUACCCGCUCGAAACGGUCGGAACCCCAGGACCAUGUGUUGGCGGCACACCUCAAUGCCCCCGCCUUGCUGGCACAGACUUGGAAGUUGUCGAGACAUUUCGUAUUCUCAAAUCUUGCUUCGAUCCACGCCCUCUGUCUCUGCAAUUCGAUAUACAUAUUUCACAGCACUUGCCUUGCCAUGCUGAAGAUUCUCCAGACCGGUCUGUACGCCGUUCAGCCCACCAGGGACUACCUCGUACGGAUGUCCGCUGAACCAGCCUUCCUUAAGACCCAGGCUGAACAGUCUGAACCAGGCAUAUCCAAAAUCGCUCAAAUCGUCGGGCACACCAUGCACAGAGCCCACGGUCGUGAGUGUCUGGUUGACUGUUUUGGGGAUCUCUUCGUACUUUUUCCCCGGUAGGACUAAACUAAUAUGUCCAUGCGGAUCAAGAACCUUGAUAAUGUUCUGGUAACUACCCUUUUCACUAACGGCGUCGAAAGCGUAAAGGAGUUUCUGCCCGGCCGGAACAGCAGCACGGAUGCCCUCAACAAUAUGCUCGUCGCCUUUGCGGUAAUCAAUGACGGCGUCGCCCUUGGAUUUAUCGAUCAGGCCCUCGACAAAUUGGAUGCCCCGACCGGCAACGCAGAUGAUGGGGUGUAUCUUGGAGCGAACAAGGAGUUUCACUGCGAAGGCGCCCACGGCGGAAGCAGCACCAUAAACGACCACGCCGCCAGCGACAGCAUCUUUGCGGGCCUGAGACACAGUGACCCAUGGCUCCGGUAAGCCCAAGCGGCAAUAAAGCCCGACGGCGGCAGUCAUGGCAGCCAAGGGGAUGGUCGCCGCCUCUUCGAACGAGGUCUGCUUGGGAAGAUGGAACGUGGUCUUUUCCCAGGCGAUGGCAUAUUCGGCGAAGGAGCCGUGAGGCUUGCGCAUCUCAUGGAAGGCACCUACGCGGUCGCCGACCUUGAAUUCGGUGACAUUGGAGCCGAUUGCCUCGACAUAACCGGCAACGUCGUCGCCCGUGUUGAGUCCUGUGAUGCCUCUGACGAGGAUGGGAUAUUUCCAAUCCUUGGGGUUUGUACCAGAGACGACGACCUUGAUGAGGACCUGGUCGGGCUCUGGCUUGGGGAUGGGGAUGUCCUUGAUCUGGACAUCGAGCUGAUCUUCUCCCUUUUUGAAGACGUGGGCCGAUUUCAUGAUGGGCGAUGCGGUAGCACCAGUAGCCUUAUGCAAGAAUUUGUAAGCUGAUGGCCUGGGCCUGGAGAGUCGCAAGGCUACACUAGGAGAUUUUGGUGCCGAGGGAAGAAGUAAUCGCGGGUGGUAGCAGCGGUGCUGGUAGUAGUAGUAGUGGCUGCAGCGGCGGAAGUAGUGGUGGCUACGUUGGGAGAGCCUUUCGAAAGGAGCAGCAGUAGAGUAGAGGUACAGAAUCAUGGAGACAUG